AUGGCUCUACGCCAGCCAAACCUGCAAUCGUUCCAAAAGAGAUCAAGUACAAACUUAGACCAAUCCCACACACAGCUUGUACCUCAGUCGCUCUCAGACCAACAGCGAAGAGUUGCAGAUUCUCAAGACCAAGAAUGGGUUCUCUUUGAUCCCUCUGUUACAUCGACAACUGAUCGCAAUUAUACGACAUCUACCGCGCGAACUUUAACGUUCGCCCGCUCACAGAUUAGUGAUAUAGGAAGCUUUGUCACCGAAGCUCAGAGUCACGAUGAUUAUAACGACCAUUAUAGCGAAGAACAAACAGGAGAUGAUGAAGAGUUAGAUAGCCUUGAUAGUCACUUGCAUGAGUUCAAGGCAGAACCCAGCACCUACCAUGGUUUAAGGCCAGAGCCUGGAGGAACCGUAUUGCCUACUCACGAUGGAUUGGGAAGUUUUAGGCUGGAUUGGACAACAAUGGGAGAUGACGUGCAAGAACAUCUGUACACAUUCGAGAAGUUUAACCCACAGCGGUCAAAGAGGCGGCGUGAAGGUAUGGAGCGAAGUACAUCUUUCUCAAAUGGACAAAUAUCGCACGAAGAUGAAAGACUUAGGCGUAUCGAAAGCUGGAGGAUGGAACACAGUCGAGUUCUUGUUAAUGAAAUCAAACGCGAGUCACGUCAGAAGAAUACCAAUACGGCAGAUGAGGCACAGUUUACCAACAAAGUUUCUGCCCAAGAAAAUAGGGCAAAGGCGAGUAAUACGGAAUUCGACUCACCUGGCAGCGACAAUGAAACUUUUUGGAAUAGAAUCAAGCGUAGAGUCAUACGUGACUUGAUUGGCAUUAAUGAUGAUCUUCUAUCUAUUAUCUUUGGUGAAUCCCUUCCGCCCGAUGGGGAUGAUCCAACUAUCUCGAAGCCCCAAGGCAGUGUCAAGCGCGAGGACUCCUCAUGGGAAUACAAGCUCUUGGAACGUAUAGGUCGCGAAUUAGGUAUCUUAGCCGGUCAAAUUUCUGAGCACCCUCCCGCGUUAAACACAAAUUCCAGGAUUCAAAGUCGGCCAUUACCAUAUGCUGGCUUUAUUUUCCUCACAGAUAAUAAGACUGUGACCCCUCCGUCUAAUCAAAAUUUCAAUGAAGAAUCUUCAGUUACCUCUCGGCCACCGGAUCCUGAGUUUCAACCUACAAUCCCAGCUCGUUCCCAGUCUUCACCAAAUUUAUUCAAAUCAACGGCCUCUCAAUCCUCUACACGAACCAACAAAGCCCCACGUACUAAUAUUAUAAACAAAAAUGAUCUAGCACGAGAAGAUUGGGAGCGUGAUCUUGAUUUGAAAGCAGUUUUCCGCUACCUGCGUGAUCGAGUCACAACUAAAUUCUUAUCACCCUCAACCUCCAGGUCAUCUUUAGUAACUACAUCUGAGCCGAUUUUAUCUAUCAGAACAGCGGACACAGUUACACGUGCAGCCCGAGUGCGUGAGCACCAUCCUUUGGUUUGCGGGGGAAUAUCAAGAGAGAAUGCAAACCCGGCAAACAUUAAUUGGAAAGUGAGUGUCCCUGUUAGUACAGUUGUUAGCGGCAUCUCGAGCAGCAUACUUGGUGCGAGUAGUGGACCAAAUCAGGCCUAUAACACACUGAAAUCAGGCCAAGACGAAAGUCGCGCUUGUGAUAUUGAUAAAGCUAUACAAAGUGGAAGCUCUAGGCAUUACUGGGAUUGGGCAGGAAGCGUAGGAAGCGGUAAUGGAGUUGGUGGAACGGGCGCUAUGGGAAGUUGGGGGGAGGUCUAG